CUUUUUUUUUUUCUUUUAGAUUCAUGGCACAAUGAGAGUUAUAUUGGAACCUCUGCUUGGCGAUAUGCCCUUAAUUGGAGCGCUAUCUUUAUUUUUCCUUAGAAAACCACUUUUGGAAAUUAACUGGACAGGAUUGACCAAUCUUCUGGAUAUUCCAGGACUCAACGGAUUAUCUGACACUAUAAUACUAGAUAUAAUAUCUAAUUAUCUAGUGCUUCCAAAUCGAAUCACUGUUCCUUUUGUCAGUGAAGUGCAGAUUGCUCAGCUGCGAUUCCCCAUACCAAAGGGUGUUUUAAGAAUACAUUUUCUUGAAGCUCAGGAUCUUGAGGGAAAAGAUACUUACUUAAAGGGACUCGUUAAGGGAAAGUCUGACCCUUAUGGAAUCAUUCAAUUGGGAAAUCAAAUUUUCCAAAGCAAAGUUAUCAAAGAAAAUCUUAAUCCAAAGUGGAAUGAAGUUUAUGAGGCCUUAGUUUAUGAACAUCCAGGGCAAGACUUGGAGAUUGAACUCUUUGAUGAAGAUCCAGACAAGGAUGACUUUCUAGGAAGCCUGACAAUAGACCUAAUUGAAGUUGAAAAGGAACGUCACAUAGAUGAGUGGUUUACUUUGGACGAAGUCUCCAAAGGAAAAUUGCACUUGAAACUCGAAUGGCUCACAUUGAAGCCUACUGUUGAAAGUCUUGACCAGGUGCUAAAAAGCAUAAGAGCUGAUAAAGAUCAAGCCAAUGAUGGGCUUUCUUCAGCAUUGCUUAUUCUUUAUUUGGAUUCAGCAAGAAAUCUGCCAAGUAUCUACGAAGGAAAAUUUGGGUGUGGAUACUUAAAAGAGAGGAGAGCAUCGGGACUAGUCUUUUGUGAAAAUACUACCUCAGUCUAUAGAGAACUAUUUUCAGGGAAGAAAAUGAACAGUAACCCAAAUCCUCUUGUCUUAAUGACAGUUGGACAUAAUGCACAAGAAAGCAAAAUCCGCUAUAAGACCAAUGAACCUGUUUGGGAAGAGCAUUUCACUUUUUUUGUUCAUAAUCCUCGACGACAAGAACUAGAAGUUGAGGUCAAGGAUGAACAACACCAGUGCUCCUUGGGAAAUUUUAAGCUUCCUCUUAACCAACUCCUUGCAAGUGAAGAUCUAACUAUGCAUCAGAGAUUUCAUCUUAACAAUUCUGGUCCAAACAGCACUGUAUACAUGAAGAUUGCACUCAGGAUCCUUUCUCUUGAAAACCAAGAGAGAUCUCCAGAUUACCAAUAUUCGGCCAAAGUGAAGAGGCCUUCUGUUUCCAAAGAUGGGAGGAAGGGUACUUUCAAGCCUCAGGUUCCCCCCUCUCCAGCAGCUGACGUGAGCAAAGCCCCAAGUUCUACAGUCACAGAUACCAAUAAAAGGGCUGACGGGACAGAAACAGACCUACCGUCUAAUCCUAACCCACAGUGGCCAACAGAUCUCAGCAGAAGUUCCUCCAGUCUUCUGGCUUCCAAUUUAAGUGGUUCUCCCAGCCACCUUUCAGUCAAAGAACCUACUCCAAGUAUCGCUUCAGACAUCUCUCUCCCCAUCGCCACUCAGGAGCUGCGACAACGUCUGAGGCAACUUGAAAAUGGAACAACGUUGGGACAGUCUCCAUUGGGCCAGAUUCAGCUAACCAUUCGUCACAGUUCACAGAGAAACAAACUUAUGGUGGUGGUGCACACAUGCAGAAAUCUAAUCGCCUUUUCAGAAGAAGGGUCUGAUCCCUAUGUUCGAAUGUAUUUACUGCCUGACAAGAGGAGAUCAGGGAGAAGAAAAACAAGUGUUUCAAAGAAGAAUUUAAAUCCAGUGUUUGAUCAGGCUUUUGAUUUCAGCGUUUCGUUGUCGGAUCUACAAAGAAGAACUUUAGAUGUUGCAGUGAAGAACAGUGGAGGAUUCUUGUCUAAAGAUAAAGGUCUGCUUGGCAAGGUAUUGAUACCACUGGCUUCAGAAGAACUUUCCAAAAAUUGUACUCAGUGGUAUGACUUGACAGAAGAUGGGACAAGGUCUAAUGUUUCACCUUAGGCAGCUUUGGAUUCCAGAAGCUCUUGUUAACAUAUUUUUGCAAAUCUUUAUGUAUUUUAUCAGCAUUGUUAUUACAAUAUUACUUUUUAUAACACUUAGUUACUUGGCCCAUCACCUCAACCGUUUUAUAAUAUUUUGAGAUUUUGCCGUAGGCUUAAGUCAGCUUACUUAUAAACCAUUUUUUCUCAUUUGUUACAACAAUAUUAAUGUGCAAUAGGUUUGUAGAAUAAACAUUUGUUUCAGUAGGUCCUGUUAUGGCAUUUCUGUCCUUAAGAAAAGUGGGCUAUCUUUCACUUUUUCUAUCUUAUUUGUGUCUCAUCAAGAUAUCUGCCAUGUAAAUAUAUACCAUUUUUUAAAAUGCAUUUUCCUCAGAGGUGUGAAUGCAGAAGAAAAUGUCAAAGAAAACUAUUUUGUUUGAAAAACGUAUGAUAUAAAAACCGUAAGACAAUUUUGAAAAUAGCCUAGCUAGCAAAAUGGACUUAAUCUUACUAAUAUUAUGGAUUUAAGAGUUUUUUAUUUUUUAAAAAUGAAAGCUAUUGAUGUAAUGAUGUAUGAUUAAAGAUUUGCAAAAAGGGAAAAUACAAAAUAUUAACCUUUAAUAUUUAUAUUGAAAAAUGUAUUCUUUGAAUUUCAGAUAAUGCAUAUAAUUCACAAAUGCAGAUAUUAUAUAUUUACCCUGGAUGUGAAAUGAAGAUUUAUAUAGUACAGUACCAUGUCUUUUCCAUUCACCACUUCUUAUUAAAAUGUUAUUUGCUCUAUCCGCAAUGUAGGGAAAUGCCUAUGCAACAGUAUGCUCAAGAUAUAUAAUGAAUUAGAAUUUGGCAGCCAUCCUGCUACAACAUUGUCAUGUCACAUUGAUUGCUACAGAUAGGAAACUGUUUAUAACUGAGUCUAAAAGCAUGUUUACAAUUGUAUGUGGAAUACCAGCAAAUAAUGAGCUCAAGUUGCAGAGAUUUCUGAAUUUCUGCUUGAUUCUUUCAUAGUUGUUUCAGUACUAUCAGUAUUGGUGCCUUGAGCAGUUAAUUGUUUUUUUUUAUCAAUGCAUGUAUUAGCCACAUAGCAUUCACUGCAGUGCAUUCUUUUUGAAAGUACCAGUUCCAAAGUUGAUUCAUUCACACAUUACUAAUAAGGAAUAUGACAGUGUAGAAUGAGAGGUCAGAGUGUGCAAAAGCAGCAUUGAAGCUGAUCCACAGUGCUUCUGUAUAACAAUAAUGCAGGAAAAAAGACCACCUGUGAGUCAUUUAAAAUCCAAUGUAUCUUCUAAUCAGUAUAGUUUUUUCCCCAUUUGAUAUUUGCAGGCCCAGGAAAUACAAGAAUAGUUUGCAAAAAUGGGCUUAGUUAUUUGAGUGUGAACAAUCUAUUCAUUGUUGCUGUCAGAAUAGAAUCAAGGGGGCAUUAAUUAUAGUUAAUCAGGCGCAGUGUUGGCCCAGUGGUUAGAAUGCAGUACUGCAGGCUACUUCUGCUGACUGGUGGUUGCCAGCAGUUCAAUUCUCACCGGCUCAAGAUUGACUCAGGCUUCCAUCCUUCCAAGGCUGGUAAAAUGAGGAUUGUUGGGGACAAUAUGCUGACUCUGUAAACCAUUUAGAGAGGGCUGUAAAACACUGUGAAGAGGUAUAUAAGUCAAAGUACUAUUGCUAUUUAUUCAAAUAUUUUUCACAGCUUCCUCAGAUGGUUUUUACAAAAAUGAUGCAUUUUUGUAUUUUAACCCAAGAAAUGGCAAUAGUUCCAUGGAAGUUGGUAGCUACACACCAUCUUGAAUAUUUAUGCAAUGCUUUUCUAAAAAUAAUAUAGUAUAAAAUAAUAAUAUUUUAUCAGAAUUUAGAGAGUCUUAGAAAGUCUUCUGUCCAAAUGAUUUCCAUGGGUGAAUAAACUUUAGGGGUAUUAGCUUUAUAAUUGAAUUUACAAAAUCUUAACUCUGGCUUAGACAAUUUUGAAGAAAUUCUCCAAGAGGAGCAGUCUUCACUGAAGCUUAUAGAGAUCUUCCUAUUGUGCCCUAUAAAUAACUAGACUACUAAGAUACCAAAGUGCCUGUAUCAUAUGUAGCAAAUUGUCUAUAUCAUGUUUUGAAUAUCGGUUGUCUAUAUUUUAGUGUGAUGUACCUGCACAUGGGCAUGUAUGUUUCUCCUGUGUUUUAUUAUGAAUGUCCCUCAUGAGGUAGACUUUAUAACAUCAUUCUGACAUUGACUUCAUACAGAAUAGCAUGUAACUCUUAUCACAACAUAGCUUAGGUUAGCGGUUAUCACUUCCUUUUAAAUGACAAAAAUACAUUUACUACAUGACAACUUUCAGGGAAAUCUAAGAAGGGAGAAUAUGCAAGAGGAUUCAGCCAUCAACUAUAGUUAUGAGGAAAAAAAUGAUAUAUAUAAAUAAUCACAUAAUUUGACGUUUUCCUGAAGAAAACUAAGAGAUCAUCUAAUCCUUGCAUUCUCUUGUGGAUUAAAGUGACAUCAGUAAGUAAGAGUACUGUAUGGUGGCAUUGCUUAAGUAGUAAUUUCCAGUUGUAUUUGAAUUCUAAUGAGGGAUAGUGUGAAAAGAAGAGGCUCAUAAUAUCAACAAAUGUAUGCAGAAUGAUCUAGCACUUCGGGCUUUUGCAAUCAAAAUCUAAAAUUGGCAAAAGGAAUAAAAAAAUGAGGAAAAACAAAGGCCCCAUUAGUAAGUUGAAAUAAGCCUUUAGUUUGAUGUUAAGCUACAUAAAGUAAUUUUUUCAUCCCUAUCAUCUUCUCCGUUCUUUCUAAUAAGGCCACAUUUCUUGCAUUUUGCAUAAAGUGCAAAAAAUUGAAUUGAUGCUAUGUGAAAUGUAUUGAAAAUAGCUCUGCAGUAAAGAGAUGUUGAAAAUUUGGACCAAAAUCUGAAUGAUUAGUAAAACAUUUUUUCUGCCUUUGGGACAUAGAAACUGAGUGCAUGAAUAUUCUGUUCACAGUUUAAUGGUUCACUGAAGAACGAUAAGGAUUGAUGAGAUUCCAAUUAGCAAAUCUAUGACUGAGUAACCAUCAGACUAGAUUUCUGUGUUUUUUAUUCUGUGCCUUAAAAAGAAAGCUUAAAUAUUUCAUGUAAUGAAAGCGAAGCUUUGUUCUCUGUAUUUAUCCAUCUUUAUGUGCUAUUGAAACUGUUUGGUGCAGGGGUUUUUUUUGCUGCAUUUUGUAUUUAGAACUGUUGUAAUCUGACCAUCAAUGAAGCUGUUAUUUGACUUAGGGAUUUAACAUUCUUUCCUGUUUUGAACUCUCUAUCAUGAUGCAGCAACUGAGGAAAAGAAAAGAAGAGAAGAGAAGAGAAAAAAGAAGAGUAGUUUGACUACAGAUUGCAUUUUUUUUUUGCUGAUCUAAUUUUGCUAUUGCAUGUAUUUAUUCAGUAAAUGAGUCAUACGGAA